AUGAGUGAGAAUAUUCCAACACGUUUCGAAGAUCUUGCGAAUGAGAUCAUCCUUGAUGUCCUCGAUUAUUUGGAUAUUCGCCAUUUUUACCAAGCGUUUUUCGGACUCAAUGAACGAAUCAAUAGAUUUCUACACUCACUGGAUAAUAUCUCUCUCGUUUUGUUGCCAUCGGAUAAUGAUAAUGAUCAAUCAAUAGAAUAUUUCUCAUCACGUAACAUCCGAUUGAUGGUGGCCGAUGGUAGCUGCAAAAUUGAUUUAAAACGUUUUUCGAACGUUCGCUCAUUAAAAAUCGAGUGUCCGACGGACUCUCUAUUGGUGCAAAUUCAGCCCACAUUAUUUCCUCAACUCGAUUAUCUUUUUCUUGGUAUAUCGAACAGAUGGAAUGAUUCUUUGAAUGAAAUUCAUCAGGCUAUCUUCUCCAACGGUUUUCCUCUCCUUCGUACCUGCAUUCUUUUCAGUGAACCACUGACGAACAGACGCUGGCUAGCAUCUGCUUCUCUUCGUAUUUUGAUCAUUGGCACGUAUCCACAUCUUCUUCAUGUGAACACCUAUCGCGCUAUUCUUAUUUCAUGUCCGAAUCUCGUUCGUCUCACUUUAUUUGGAAGAUUCGACCAUAAUAAUCUAGUACAACAAAGCAAUUAUUCUCAUCAACUCAAUUAUCUUUCGUUACAAAGCGACGAACCGUCACUGAACGUUGUCAUUGAUCACUUACUCAGUCAGGUGCCUAAUCUUAAACGUUUGUGCUUGAAAGGUCUUCCAAUGGCAUAUCCAGUUUCAGCAAUUGAUUUCGUCCAACUAGCUCGCGUUCUUCAUCAACGUGUACCCAAUCUGCAGCGAUUUGAUUGUCAUACAUUUGCAAUUUUAAAGAACACAGUCGAUAUUAAUACUAUUCAUUCACUUCAUCCACGUUUCGCAGUCAUCAAAUAUCAACAUCUAGACCAUUCUGAUUUCGAUGCUCUGACUACCAAAAGAGUCACAGAAAAACCAUUAGCAUUACAUUUUUCACUGAAGCCAACACAGCGACAGGAUGUUGUACCUGCUCUAUUUCGUAUUCAAAAUGAUAUUAAAAACAUUGUUUUUGCUGAUAUAAGUCAUUCAAGUGAAUUUCCACCAGAAGAGGAAAUUUUAUUCGAUAUAAAUGCUUGUUUUCUCAUAGAGUCAAAUCAAGAACACGAUUCAUUGCAAAACAUUAAGAUCCAUCUAUCAACUGAAGGACACAACAUAACAGAGGAUUAUCUUGAAUUAGCACAACAAUAA